AUGAGUACAAGUAGAUACUCGGCCAAGGCGCAGAAAAGGGACCGCCAGGCCCUCUUUUCUGUCGAAGAUUUAUCCAAAUCGCCGUCUCCAUUGCCGUUAAACACGUCAUCGGCCUAUGUAUACAAUGAAGAUAACGUACAUGCUGGAUCAGAGAUAAAUACGGGAGUGUCAACCCCAUAUGAGAGACCUAAGCAUGUUGCAUAUUCGGCAAAGGCAGCAGAAAUGGCAAUGCUUGAAUCCCAGAGCGAUGAGAGCAUGAAUACGAUGAAGUAUAAACUCGGUGCAUUGAAAGAUUUAUCAUUAGCCAUGGGGGAACAGAUCAACAAAUCCAAGAAAAACUUGAGUGAACUAGGUGAUGACAUGGGACUUUCCAGUGAGCGGAUCAAAUGGAAUAUGGGGCGUAUGAGGAGGUUCGUAGAGAAAAGCGGUGUUGGAUGGAGAGUCUGGGGGGUUUUUUCAAUUAUUAUUUUAUGGCUUUUCUUUUGGGUAUGGUUAUUUUGA